AUGCGCUCGAACUCGCCGUCGCCGUCCCCGCUGCGGGACGCGAACGGGACGCGACGACGGAGACCGACGGUGGUAAAGCGGCGAACGCUCGUGGAGUCGAGCGAGAGCGAUGCGGCGAGCGAGAGCGAGGAAGAUGACGUUGAGACGCGGCGGCGACGCGAUGGACGAAGCGCGUUUCGCCCGACGCUCGAGAGCGAGAGCGAGAGCGAGAGCGAACGGGCGUCGGUUUCGCUAACGUCGGUUUCGCUAACGUCGCCGAAGAAAAUGUCACCGACAUACGUGGAUGAGCCCAACGUGCCGGUGCCUAGGGACAUCGGGAUGGAUGCGAGUUCUGCAUCGAGCGCUCGACCGCUUCGAUUAAAGGGCAAGGCGGAAGGGCCGAAAUUCGAGCUUCACGCCGAGCUCGCAACGCGGUUAUACGACCAUCAGCGCGAUGGCAUCCGAUGGAUGUGGGGAUUACAUCUCGCCGGACGCGGUGGGAUCUUGGCGGAUGACAUGGGUCUGGGGAAGACGCUGCAGGCGUGCGCGUUUGUCACCGGAUUGUUACGCAGCGGCGCGGCGAAGCGUGUGCUCGUUCUCGCCCCGACUACGCUUCUUCCGCACUGGUUGAAAGAGUUCGAGACGUGCGGGUUAAAGGAGGGCAAGACGGUUUUCAAGUAUUACAGCGGCACGCAGAGUUCUCGCGAACGAAAUUUGCGCGCGUGCGUCUCUGGUCGAGGCGUACUCUUGGCCUCGUACGGGAUGGUGACGACGCGAGCGAGCGAGCUCGGCGCGCCGAGCGAUGACGACGAAGCCAUGAAGGCGAUGGGACGUGAAGGUCGCGGGGGCGUGCCUCGAGAUUUCGCUGGAACCUUUCGGUGGGAUUGGGUCGUCAUGGACGAAGGACACACGCUGAAGAAUCCAGCAACGCAGCUCGCUCAAAAGGUUCGACAAAUCCCUGCGAAUCUGCGCAUGAUCGUCACCGGCACGCCCGUGCAGAACGUUUUAAGCGAGCUUUGGUCCCUGUAUGAUCUCACGUGUCCGGGUUUACUUGGCGGGGAGAAUGACUUCAGACGACAAUUUGCGAACAAAAUCACCGCCGGGCAAGCCGCGUCCGCGACACAAAAGCAACGUGCUGAGUCAAAGGAACUUACUAUGACGCUUCGUCAACUGACACGUCCGUACUUUCUUCGGCGUGAAAAGAGUGAGAUUCUGGCCAAGGAUGACGCCAAGGAGGAGGUGACUGAGGAUUUGUCCAAGGCGUCGUCCUCAUCCAUGACGAGUUGGAAGAACGUCAAAAACGUGCCUUCAGCGCUCGGACAGAAGAACGAUUUUAUCGCAUGGAUACCCCUGGAUCCCGCGCAACGGGCACUUUACACGAAAUUUUUAGCGUCGAGACCGAUUCAAGACGCUAUCAACAAGACGGGCUCGGCCAUAGCUUGCAUGAACACAUUGAAGAAGAUAUGUGAUCACCCUUCGCUGUGCGUUGGAGCGCAAGCAGAAGACGACUCGGACGCAGUCACCACGGAAGGACCUGUGGACCACGCCGUCGAAGAAGACGUUGAAUUGAGAAAGAGCUGCUCGGGAGAGGCCUGUAAUUUUGACUCCGACGCCCUCUCGCGAGGGUCGCCGAGUUUGUCAGCCAAGUCAAAGUUUCUCAUGUCCAUGCUCGAGCGCUUUCGCAUCGAGGGACAUCGAACGCUGGUCUUCUCUCAAUCUCAAGCGACACUUGACAUCAUCGAGGCAAACAUUCGCGAGGCAAACAUCGAUUUCGUUCGCAUCGAUGGCAAAGUUAACGUUGACGAGAGAGAUCGACGCGUGACCAAGUUUCGUUCUCAAGACGACAUCCCAGUCAUGCUCUUGACAGCUCGCGUCGGAGGCUUGGGCUUGACACUUACGGAGGCUACACGCGUGAUCAUCUUUGAUCCCGCUUGGAAUCCAACCACGGAUAAUCAAUCGGUGGAUCGCGCGUAUCGCAUCGGACAAACGAAGGAUGUCGUGGUGUAUCGCAUGGUGACGUGCGGCACGAUUGAGGAGAAAGUCUAUCGCCGACAAGUCUUCAAGGGUAGUCUGUCGAAAGCGUGCACCGACGGUGUGAGUGGGAGGCAAUACUUUGACGCGGAUGACGCGAGUCAAAUGUUUGAGAUAACCGAACACGCGGCGAGCUCGAGCGAAACGAUGAAGCAACUCAACAUGCUCCACGCCAUUGAUAGGAAAUGGACCAACGAAUUGAGACGAGAAAUCCCGUACGUUGAGUCUCUGCCGUGCGUGUGCGGUGUGAGCGACCACGACUUGCUCUUCAGUAAAGAAGAUGAAGCGGUGGCGCCGUCGCAAGCCGCGCCGAAGCAAUCCACCGGCGGCGUGACGACGACGCCCAAGGGCAAAGCGCCCGGAGGCGCCGCGUGGAAGGAUGUGAACAGUGCCUGGGGGGGUGACGGCGGAUUACUCGGUGGCGCCUUUCUCCGCGCACUGACGCCUUCGAAGGGACCUUCCUCGGCAGCGAAGGUGAAGAACAUCGACGUGGAUGAAAAAUCACCGGAACACGUCUCGGGCGAGGCGAAACUGAGAGCGAAAAUUGAUCUCAUCGCGUCUGACGUCGAAAAGCAGCGCGUCAUUCUUUCUAUGCCGGAUGUCGUCGACAAGAUUCCAGACAAAGGCGAGAGCGUUCGCAAAGCAAUAGAGACUAAACUGGCGGAAAAGCGCGUACUCGAAGCGGAGUACGACGCAAAGUACACGAAGGCCGAGCCGGUCGUCGUCAAAGAUGAGUUCUUCACUCCUGAAGGUUCGCCCGAAGUACAAGCCACUCUUGAGAGCGUUCGCUCGCUCUCUCUUGAUCCGCGCGCCCUCUAA